AUGUGGUCAAGGAUUCUUCUGAGUAUUCUGUCCUUGAACUGGAUUGCCACAGUGUCUUCUGAACUCCAGUAUGUGCUGCUGGUCCCAACAGUCGUGCGGAGCGACUCUCCACAGACUGCCUGUGUGCAGUUCCACAGUCUCAGUGAACCUCUGUCCCUGAGCAUCGUCCUGGAAUAUGGCAGCAUCCGGGAGACUCUCUUUGAGGAAUCCAUCACAAAUAAUGAUUUCUUCAAGUGCUGCGAGUUCAAGGUUCCUCCUGCUACUUCUGAUCCCCUGGCAUUCAUUUCCUUCUCUGCCAUAGGAACCACAGUAAACUUAGCUGAGAGAAGAUCAGUGGCAAUCCAGAAUGUGGAUAAUACUGUGUUCAUCCAGACGGACAAACCCAUCUACAAGCCAGGGCAAAAAGUGUUGUUUCGUGUGGUCAGUUUGGACACCCAGUUCAGACCUGUUCAGGAGACAUACCCCCGAAUCGUCAUUGAGGAUCCAGAGCAAAACAAGAUCUUCCAGUGGCUAGAUGUAGUAUCUAAGCAUGGAAUUGUCCAGCUCUCCUUCCCACUGAUCCCAGAGCCCAUUCUUGGGUCCUACAACAUAAUUGUGGAGAAGAAGUCAGGUGAAAGAGAGUACCAGUACUUCAUGGUGAAUGAAUAUGUGCUGCCGAAAUUUGAAGUGACAACCAGUGUGCCAAAGACGAUUUCUUUCUUUGAUGAAGAAGUCAGGGUGAAUGUUUGUGCUUCGUACACUUAUGGCCAACCAGUGCAAGGGAAUGCCCAAAUCAAUGUGUGUCAGCAGCGCUUUUAUCGUCCACAAUGUGAGCAAAACCUGAAAGAAACCUGCAAAGCUGUCACUGGACCGCUGGGGAAGGAUGGCUGCCUCAACACUGUCAUCUCCAUCAAAACAUUCCAGCUCUAUCGCAGCUACGCCAGGAUGUAUACCAGCCUCAAUGUAGAAAGCAUUGUCACUGAAAAUGGGACAGGUAUCCAGAUGAAAGGCUAUGACUAUGUAGCAGUCAACCAAGAAAAAGACAGAAUGAUGUUCAAGAAUAUGGAUCACUAUUACAAGAGGGGAAUUCCUUACUAUGGUGAGAUCGUUGUGACAAAUGCGGAUGGCCAGCCCACUGCUGAUAGGACUGUCCUGCUGGAGCUCAAUGAAGUAUAUCUGGCCAACUAUACCACUGACAAGAAUGGCACUGCUGCUUUUUCCAUCGACACAUCCAAAUUCUUUGAUCCCAGUUUUAAGUUGACAGUCAGGGAAGCACCAGAUGACUGUGCAGACUUCUUCAUCUGGAGAAAUGAUAAUGAGCCCCAAGUCUCAUUCUUUGUUCGGCGUUUCUACUCACGGACCAACAGUUUUGUAAAAAUCGAGCCAGUGGAGGAGAAGCUCAGCUGUGGCCAGCAGCGAACAAUCAACGUUCAAUAUGUCCUGAACAGAGAGGGCUAUGGGGAUGCCAGCCAUGCAAACUUCUACUAUGUGGUGAUGGCAAAAGGAAAAAUUAUCCUCAGUGGCCAGAAGCAAGUCAGCAUCACUGGUGCUCCCAGGGGCACAUUCUCCAUCACACUGACUGUCACUGAGAAGCUGGCCCCCAGUGCCAGACUGUUGCUUUACACAGUGCAUCCUCAUGGGGAGAUAGUGGCUGACAGCUCUUGGAUAAACAGUGAUGUAUGCUUCAAAAACAAGCUCCAGCUCGAGUUCUCUGAGAAGCAGGGUCUCCCUGGCUCCAAAGUCAGUCUCCACCUUGAAGCUGCUGCCAACUCCUACUGUGCCUUGCGAGCUGUAGAUCAGAGCGUCCUUCUUCUUCAGCCUGAGCGACAGUUAUCUGCUGAGAGUGUGUACUACCAACUUCGUGUAAAUGAUUUAUACGGCUAUUACUACAAUGGGGUCAACCUGGAAGAUGACAAGCCAGAGGAGUGUAUCCCAGUCAAAACCACCUUUUUUGAUGGCUUAUACUAUGAACCUGUGAAUGUCAGUCGUGACGGUGAUGUCUACAGGAUUUUCAAGGAUAUGGGCCUGAAGGUUUUCACUAACUCUGUGCUACGGAAGCCAGUUUUGUGCAAUGAAGACAGAUCAGAUAAGGAAGUUUUCCCUCACUAUUUUGACCAUGGUGUCGCCGGUGGAGGUGGCAGUGGUUUUGGUGCUAAAGAGUCAAGGAUUAUUGGAGGGCCUGUUGUUAACUCUGUUCGGAAAUUCUUCCCUGAGACCUGGAUUUGGAAUCUGGUUCAUACCGAUUCUAGGGGAGAAGUCAAUGCCUUUUACACUAUUCCUGAUACCAUCACAGAAUGGAAAGCCAGUGCUUUCUGCGUGCAGGAUGAUGUUGGCUUUGGCAUCUCCUUGCCUGCUUCACUGAAAGCAUUCCAACCAUUCUUUGUGGAUUUCACCUUCCCAUACUCUGUCAUUCGAGGGGAAAAAUUUAAUUUAAUAGCCAACGUCUUCAACUACCUCGACAAAUGCAUCCAGAUCAGUGUCAUGUUGGCAAAGUCGAGCGACUACAAGGCAGAAAUCCUUUCACCAGAGGGCACCACAGCAAGGGUGUGUGCCAAUGAAAGAAAAACCUAUAUUUGGGCUGUUAGCCCCCUCACACUCGGUGAGGUGAAGUUCACGAUUACUGCUGAGGCCAAACAAAACACCAGAGGUACUGGAAACACCACAUCCCCAGAAGAGGAGACAAUUCGCAGGGACACCCUGAUUAAAACCCUACUUGUUGAGCCUGAAGGUAUUAAAAAGGAAUUGACUCAGAGCGCUCUCAUCUGUACAAAAGGUGCAAUUAUAUCUGAACCAGUGUCUCUCAGCCUGCCAAGAAACCUAGUGGAGGGAUCAGCCAGAGCUUAUUCUUCUUUCAUUGGAGACAUUUUGGGUACAGCCCUGAGGAACAUGGAGAACCUCCUCCAUAUGCCUUAUGGCUGCGGAGAACAGAACAUGGCCUUGUUCACACCCAACAUCUAUGCCCUGGAUUAUCUGAAUAAGACUGGUCAGCUGACUGAAGAGAUUAGACUCAAGGGUACUGGAUAUUUGUCAACAGGGUACCAGAAACAGCUAUCCUACAAACACCGGGAUGGAUCCUACAGCUCCUUUGGGACACGAGAUAAGGAGGGGAGUGUAUGGCUUACUGCCUUUGUGUACAAGUCAUUUGCACAAGCCAAACGUUACAUCUACAUUGAUGACAAUGUCCAGUCUCAAGCUUUGAUCUGGCUGGCGAGCAAGCAGAAGUCAGAUGGUUGCUUUGAAAAUGCUGGGACACAUUUCAACAAUGCUUUGAAGGGUGGAGAAGAAGAUGAAUAUUCACUCACAGCCUAUGUUGUGGCAGCACUGCUGGAGGCUGGACACUCUGUUGUGCACCCUGUUGUUCAGAGUGGCAUGAACUGUUUGGAGACUGCAUUUGGCAAUGGGGUCCACAACCUGUAUAACCAGGCCCUCUUUGCCUAUGUUUAUGGCUUAGCUGACAAAGAGGAAAGAUACCAAUUCUUCCUUGAGAAGCUGGACAAGGCAGCUACCAGAGAUGGUGGUUCAGUUUAUUGGCAGAGAGAAAAUAAGCCACCAGCAGAACGUUUCUCCAUCUUCUAUCCCCGUGCCCCUUCUGCUGAGAUUGAAAUGACCAGUUAUGCACUCCUGGCUUUGCUCUACAAAGUCAAUCUCACUCCAGAAGACUUAUCUUACAUUUCUCGCAUCGUGCGCUGGCUUGUCAAACAACAGAACCCAUAUGGUGGUUUCUCCUCCAGCCAGGACACUGUUGUUGCUCUCCAAGCUUUAGCCCAGUAUGGAUACCUCACCUUCUCUAAAGGAAGUCUUAACUCAGUCAAAGUCAACUUCAUGAAGUCCCCCAGUAAGACUUUCCAAGUGAAUGACAAGAACCGCUUCUUGCUGCAGCAGACUUCCUUACCCACUAUUCCAGGGAAUUACAGUGUGGAAGUGAAUGGCACUGGUUGUGUCUAUGUGCAGACCACCCUGAGAUACAACGUCCAUUUGCCAAAAGAAGCUGCAGGAUUUUCUCUCUCCGUGCAGUCAGCCAAUGCAUCCUGCACAAGCAACUUCCCACCAAAGUUUGACCUUGUCCUCACUGCCAGUUACACAGGACACCGCGAAGUCUCCAACAUGGCUAUUAUUGAUGUGAAGAUGCUCUCAGGUUUUGUUCCUGUAAGAUCUUCCCUGACAAAGCUUCAGCAACAGAAUUCCGUUGUGGAUCGUGUAGAUAUCAAGAACAACCACAUCCUCUUCUACCUUCAGAAGGUCUCCCGGGAGGAAAUCAGCUUUGCCUUCAGUGUGGAGCAAAGCCUGCCUGUCUCAGAUAUCAAACCAGUGCCAGUGCAUAUGUAUGAUUACUACGAAACAGAUGAAUAUGCCCUUGCAGAAUACAAGACACCCUGCUCCUCACCUUCCAACUGA